UCCUCGAUUCAUUCCCAGCGAGAUCCGAGGAGCGAAAGCGGUUUCAGCCUCAGCCCGUCUCCCCUGUUCGAUCACGAUUCGCAGCCGCCCUGCGCCCGUCUCCGCCGUCCGCCGGCCGCGCCGCCUCUCGCCGGCCCGCGCCCCCUCCUCUACGUCGCUCGCGCGCCCUCUCCUCUCCGUCGCAGGAUACGGCGCCGCUCGUCUCCCAGGCCCGCGCCGCUCCUCUGCGGCGUCCGCGCGUCUCCUCGCGCUCGCGCAGCUGGCCUUGCGCCGCCCGUCUCCCCGGCUGAGAAAUGGAACUGGGUGAUAAGGCAGUUGGUUUUCUGCUAACGCUAACGAGCUUAUCCAUCUUCACCUACUAUACAUUCUGGGUUAUUAUCUUGCCGUUCGUUGACAGCGACCACUUUGUGCACAAGUACUUCCUGCCUCAAGAGUAUGCGAUUUUGAUACCAGUGAUUGCCGGCGUGGUUCUCCUUUCGUUCUUGAGCAUCUUUGUGGGUCUCGUGAUGCUCAAGUCAAAGAAAAAGAAGAAGACCACUUGAUUGGGUCUGGCAUGUACAUUUUAGUACUCUUCACUUACUAUGAUGAUUAAAUCCAUGAGUUCAGAGUCUAUGUAAUUGCUAGAAGCUCGGUAAACAGUUCCAUCGUAUUGAAGGCACUCACUUUGUAACUCAGAUAUCUAUUGUCAUUUUUGAUUCUCAGGUCAAGUUAAUUAAGAAAUAUAUGUUUCUAUGUUGUCC